AUGGCGGCACCCCGGACGCCCCAGAGCGGCCCGGCCCGGCCCGCGGGCCCCCGCACGCUCCUCCUGGUCUCGCAGCUGCCCGUGCCGCUGCCGGGAGCCAAUGGCCCGCCUAGCCCUCGCUGCCGCCGCCGCGCCCCCCGUCAGCGCUCCAUCACUGCGCGCACCCUACAAGGAACCACAAGUCUGAGCGUGAAGCAGGCACCCCCAUCACUGUGUGUGGAGCAGGGCAGUCAGGUGACCCUGACCUGCCAGGUGGCCCGUGCCCAGGCCUGGGAGCGGCUCCGAGUCUCCUGGAUCAAGGAUGGCCAAACCUUGUGUCACUCGGUGGUCACCAACGGCAGUCUCAGAAUGGAGACCUGUGAGCCGGGACGGCUCUCCUGGUGGCCCCCGGGGAACCUGGCCCUGGGACUGGACCCAGUGAGCACUAACGACAGUGGGCAGUACGUGUGCCGGGUCGCUGUGGAGAUUCCGGAGCUGGUGGAGGACGAGGGCGAAGGCGUGCGGCUGUUGGUGGAGGCAGAUUGCCCUAGAGGGACCCCUUUCGGAAACGUCCCAGCACACCUCUACGUUCUGCCAGUGGUGGGGUUCCUGAUCGUGGCCGCUGUCGCGCUGGCUGUUGGGGUCUGGGGCUACCGUCGCUACCGCCUCAAAGACUCAGAGAAUCCUUUCUAUAGCAACGUCCUAUACCGACACCGGGGGACCCCAAAGGAGACAGGAGGGGACGAAAAGGGGCUGAACCCUAAACACGGCAGCCUGUAUUCGGCCACGCGAUACCACCAGUCACAGCCACGUGUGUCCCCCAAGCCUGGCUCCGGCUGGAAGUCCAGCCACCUCAUCUCUACCAUCCAGGCUUGUGCCAGCCCAGGUGCCUUCAAGAAGCCACAGCCAGAAGGAUCUCCCAGAGUAGGAAGGGGGGGCUUGACCCCCAGGAACCAGAAGAGACCCCGCCAGGGGCUCCAUCUAUGUGACAAUCUGACCUAUGAGGAGCCUACUACUGCCCCCAGACCACUCAAUAAAGUCUGUUGAAAAU